AUGGCGGCGUCUGUAGCUGUGGCGAAAGAGAUAGCAUCGCCACAGAAGAAGAGAAAGCUCGAUGCCGACUCGAAGCCAGCGCUCAGAGUGCCGGGAAAGAGAGGUCCCAAUGGCAGUCAGCUUGGCUCUAGUCAGCCCAAGAGCCACUUUGAGACCGAAGUCCUUGAGAAGCUCACCCAAGAUAUUGGCGACCUGAAAGAGAAUAAUGCCGAGAGAGACCAGAAAUGGGCACGUCCGAGCCUCGACAACUUCAACCCCAAGACCAGCGAUAUCACCUUCCAGGCCAUCGAUGCGGAGGAAGGCACACUGCAUGGCGGCAAGGCGACAGUCAAGCUGUUCGGUGUGACGGAGGAAGGACAUUCGGUGCUGCUCCAUGUCACUGAUUUCUUGCAUUAUCUAUAUGUCGCCGCCCCAGUCUCCUUCACCAAAAACGACUGCGAACCCUUCAAGGUCUUCCUCGAGAGCUCCAUGGCUCAACACUCCGCUGCCAUCCACUCCGUCCAGAUGGUCCUCCGCGAGAACAUGUACGGCUUCCAGGGCAAUACCAAGAGCCCUUACCUGAAAAUUACCGUGACCGACCCGAAAUACAUCAGUCGCCUUCGAACGGCGAUUGAAACCGGAAAUGCGAACUAUAAGGGCAUGUGGAAAGUGGCAGAAGGAGGCAUUUUGACAUUCGACAUGAUCGCAUACGUGCUCCGUUUCAUGGUCGACACGAAAAUGGCUGGCAUGUCAUGGGUUGGCAUCAACGCUGGCAAAUACACCAUGCUUCCAGAGCGAGAUCGGCAAGGACAGUGCCAGAUCGAGGCGUACUGCCACUAUCGCGACAUUAUUGCACACCCGAUUGACGGAGAAUGGUCCAAGAUGGCACCGUUACGUGUGUUGAGUUUUGACAUCGAAUGUGCUGGACGAAAAGGCGUAUUCCCCGAAGCGAACGUCGACCCGGUCAUUCAAAUUGCGAACGUCGUGACGCGGUAUGGUGAAGAGAAACCAUUCGUGCGGAAUGUGUUCUGCAUGGACACUUGCAGUCUCAUCGUGAACACCCAGCUCUUUGAAUUUGAUCAGGAAGAAAAGAUGUUGAUGGCAUGGAGAGACUUCAUCGAGGAGGUUGACCCAGAUGUCAUCAUUGGAUACAACAUCGCCAACUUCGACUUCCCGUAUCUUCUGGAUCGUGCCGCCCAUCUCAAAGUGGCGAGGUUUCCCUUCCUAUCACGUUUAAGGAAUGUCAAGUCGGUUGCAAAGGACACCAACUUUGCCAGCAAGCAGAUGGGUAACCGCGAUGCCAAAGCAACCAACACCAAUGGUAGACUACAACUUGAUCUUCUCCAGCUCAUUCAGAGAGACUACCAGUUGCGAAGCUAUACAUUGAACUCUGUGUCAGCGCACUUUCUGAACGAGCAAAAAGAAGAUGUCCACCACACCAUGAUUACGGAGCUGUACAACGGAACGCCAGAGUCACGACGAAGAUUGGCGGUCUACUGCCUGAAGGACGCGUAUCUUCCGCAAAGACUGAUGGAUAAAUUGAUGUGUCUGGUCAACUACACCGAAAUGGCGAGAGUCACGGGUGUUCCUUUCAACUUUCUCCUUGCGAAGGGACAGCAGAUCAAGUUCAUCAGUCAGCUGUUCAGAAAAGCAUUGGAGCAGCAGCUAGUGGUUCCCAACCUGAAAACGGACAGCUCUGACGAGCAAUACGAGGGUGCUACUGUCAUUGAGCCUACUCGAGGCUAUUACGACGUCCCUGUUGCAACUCUAGAUUUUGCUUCACUAUACCCCAGUAUCAUGCAGGCCCACAACCUGUGCUACACCACGCUUCUCAACAAGACUGCCAUAGAGAAGCUCGACCUGAAGAAGGAUGAAGACUACAUUGUCACACCCAAUGGCGACCUCUUCUGUACGACCAAGGUUCGAAAAGGACUUUUGUCGCAAAUUCUCGAAGAAUUGCUGGGAGCCAGAAAGCGUGCGAAGAAGGAGUUGGCUGUCGAGACUGAUCCCUUCAAGAAGGCUGUGCUGAAUGGUCGUCAACUGGCUUUGAAGAUUUCCGCAAAUUCCGUCUACGGUCUCACUGGCGCUACAGUCGGCAAACUGCCUUGCUUGGCAAUAGCCAGCAGCACGACGUCGUACGGGCGACAGAUGAUUGAAAAGACCAAAGCUGAGGUAGAAGCACGAUAUACUAUCGCCAACGGUUACAGCCACGACGCACAGGUCAUCUAUGGCGACACCGACUCUGUCAUGGUCAAAUUCGGACCCAAUGACCUGGCCAAAGCGAUGGAAUUGGGCGAGGAUGCCGCAAACUAUGUGUCGAGCAAAUUCAUCAAACCGAUCAAGCUGGAGUUCGAAAAAGUCUACUAUCCGUAUCUUCUGAUCAACAAGAAGCGGUAUGCUGGUCUGUACUGGACAAACACCACCAAGUACGACAAGAUGGAUACCAAGGGUAUCGAAACAGUGCGCAGAGACAACUGUCGACUCGUGCAGAACGUCAUUGAAACCAGUCUGAGGAUGCUUCUGAUCGAGCAGGACGUGCAGGGUGCACAGGACUAUGUCAAGGAAACCAUAUCAGAACUCUUGCAAAACCGCAUCGACAUGUCAAAUCUGGUCAUCACCAAAGCGCUGAGCAAAUCGGAUUACGCCUCCAAGCAGGCACACACUGAACUGGCCGAGCGCAUGCGCAAACGCGAUGCAGGGUCGGCGCCUGCGCUGGGUGAUCGUGUGGCGUACGUGAUGGUCAAGGGUGCCGCGGGCUCGAAAGGUUACGAAAAAUCGGAAGAUCCAAUGUUCGUGCUCGAACACAACCUUCCCAUCGACACGAAAUAUUAUCUCGAUAACCAGCUCGCCAAGCCCUUGGGCCGAAUCUUCGAGCCCAUUUUAGGCGAGAAGAAAGCGGCUUCUCUACUCACGGGCGAACACACGCGUGCCAUUUCCGUCGCUGCGCCGACGAUGGGCGGUCUCAUGAAAUUCGCGAAAAAGACGGAGACGUGUUUGGGCUGUAAGAAACCUUUGAUUUCGAAAGAAGAACAGGGUGGGGCUGUGGGUGAGGAAUGUAGGGGGCGAUUCGGUGAGUUGUAUCAGAGGUCUCUGAGUAAGACGGCGGAGUUGGAGGUGAGGUUUGCGCGGCUGUGGACGCAGUGUCAGAGGUGUCAAGGCAGUAUGCAUAACGAGGUCAUCUGCGCGAGCAGGGAUUGUCCGAUUUUCUAUAUGCGGAUGAAGGCGAAGAAGGAUGUUGAAGAUGCGGGUAAGGAAUUGGUGCGCUUCGAUCGGGAUGCUACGCUUUGGUGAGGAGGAGAUCGAAGGACAUGCACAGUCAUCGGCCGUCUGGACUUGGUCUUGGCUUUGAUCAUGAUAACGGUGUGUGAGGCGAAAUUCACGGCGACGCGACACUGGCGGCGUUUCUUCUGGUGGUGGGUUUGGGUGAGAAAGGCUCUCUUUCUCUCUCACAGUGAUGAACAAACUUGGCACUUUUCUGUCCCGGAUAUA